CUUUGCCAUAUUGCAUUGUUAAGCUGCUGAGCUAUGGUGCUGCAGUGCCGAUAUGCUGCUGUGCUGGAGAUGAUUGGAGCUCUGAAUUGGAGUCUGAUCUGGGGAAGAACCACACAACCCGUGUUGAGCAUGAAGCUACCACUUCCAAAAUUGGUGAAGAUCAGCUGUUCUACUUCCAGCAGAGAGGGAUCGACUAUGAAAAAGCCAUGGCUGCCAUGAUUUCUGGGUUUUGCAGGGAUGUCUUCAACGAGCUACCUGAUGAAUUUGGUGCUGAAGUGAACCAGCUCAUGAGCUUGAAGCUUGAAGGAUCUGUUGGUUAG